AAGGCCUAAGCACCCAUUGGGUACCGUGGGGCUAUGGGGGAUACACGGACUCUGGCGAGGGAACACGUGUGCAUGCAACAUGCACACAUUCUGGCUCCGCCUACGAGAACCGCCAGGUGGUACCUCCGCGUUCGACAGAGACCAUCUACCACCUACGGACAAUCACAACAUCCAUAGCCAAGAGAAAAAUUUCUCCUGGGACGGGACUCGAACCCGCACAGCGCACGGCGACUGAUCAGGAGACCGAACAGUCUACUACUGCGGCCACCGCUGCUGCCUAAACCUGAUGUGAUGUGAACCUGAUUCCAUCAAUAAAUUUGUUUUCGAGUCU